UGGUGGUCGCGGGGGCUUGGGAAAAAACCGUUUAAAUGGUAUGUGCACCGUUCGAAUGUUGUUGUAUGUGAGUAACAACAUAAACUUUGUGAAUCCUGGACCCGAACCAGUACAGUACAGUUGGCCAACUAUGUGUGGAACGGUAGUACGAGCUAUGAAUCUAUGAAUAAGGGUGGCUCGUUUAUUCCAGCAGCAUCAUCAUCAGUUAUCGCUGUUAUUGACGCAAACAUCAGAUGGGCAGAUGGUAUUUAUAUUCGGCCGGAAUCGUCUAUAGAGAACAAGUCUCAAUGACUUGUUUUUGAAUGAAAAAUUUAUUCGAUUCUCUCUUUUCACCAAUUAUAGUUAAUAUUCAUGUGUGUGUGUGUGUGUUUUGUUCAAAAAUUAUCAGAAUACAAGUGACGUGCAUUGAAUAUGUAAAAUUCUCGAGUGUUUGGAUUCAAUUUGUUUGUUUGUUGUUAAAAAUCGUCGAACCGAAUAAAAUGCUUGUGCAAGCAUCAUCCACACAGUCAAAGUGAAUCCAGAUGUUGUCAUUGUUGGUUUCUGAAAUGACUUUUCAGCGACGGUUUUUUUCCGUCAUCAAACUGUUAAUCUUCUUGACGGCGAUGGUCACGAUGAUUGUUUUGUUGUUAUCGAUUGAUGUUGUUGUCGGCGAAGAAUGCAAGUGUUUUAUGAUUGAUUGGUUCAUGAUUGAUUGAUUGAUUUUGUUGUUCAAUGUUUGCAUAUCCAGUGCCCAGCAUUGAGUUUGGUCCUAAAUCGUUGACAGUGGUUGCCGGAGACAACGUAACAUUAUCGUGUGGGACAUUGCCCAACAACGAUUCUCAAUUGACGAUAAAUUGGCAACGAAAUGGCCAAUCGAUACCGUUGUCACGUCAUCGACAAACGUUGCUCCACAUACCGGACAAUGGGUCGAUAUCGAGUCUGCAUCUGGAUCAUGUGAGCGAACUGGACGAAGGCGUCUAUCAAUGUACAGCUCGUAAUGAAUUGGGACUGGACGUAUCACGGCCGGCACGUCUGUCGGUUCAAUUUGGCGCCAAAAUCACGGGAGGACAACGAUUCGUGUACAAUGUUACGAAAGGCACAAAUGUUCCAAUCGAAUGCAAUGCCCGAGGACAACCAGCUCCAAAGAUUGAAUUGUUCAACGGUGAUGAUUUUCAACCGCUGAUCGAUGGCGAUAAAGAACAUUAUUCCAAUGUUUUCAUACAAUUCAAUGCGACCAACACUACGAAUAUCACUUGUAGAGCAUCGAAUUUUCUCACUCCAUUGAACAAAACAGUGCAAGACGUUCGAAUCUACGAAAUUUACGUACAAGAAAUCAAAGAACCGACUGAACAAUUGGAAUCGAUCAUCGAGUUGGAAGAAGAGGAAGAAGAAAAGAAAAGAGCGAAUGCAGUGCCCAGUGGCUAUUGUGCUCCAUACAUUGGUCAGAUAUGUCGAGGUCAUGUGGCGAAAAAUUCCCUGGUCUUUUACAAUGUGAGCGAUGCCGAAGACUUUACCAACAACAACAACAUGAAUGAGGAGAUUGUGAAAAACCUGUGGAAAGAAUUGAUCACAUCACUACAAGAGCCGUGUAAAAGUGCAGCUGAAAAACUACUGUGCCAUUACGCUUUUCCCCAAUGUUCGUGGACGAAACAAUUUCCGAUGGCCAAACCAUUGUGUCAGGAAGAUUGUAUCGCAAUCAGAGAAUCUUUCUGCAAUCGAGAAUGGGCACUGCUCGAAGAUAAUCGACAAAGAGGUGUCUAUUUCAAAUCUCGAGGCCAUUUCCGUCUGCCUGUUUGUGAGUGGUUGCCAUCGCACGAGAAUCACACCAAUCCUGAACAAUGUACACACGCCGAACUGACCACAUUCCGAAAAGAAAAGGCGACCAUAGAUUGCAUCGAAGGUCGUGGUCGUUUCUAUCAAGGGACUGUGAAUGUCACCAAACACGGUAUACCGUGUCAACGGUGGGACUCACAAUUGCCACAUGCACACAAUCGACCGCCGUUUGUAUUCCAGGAGAUUUGGCAUUCAGAAAACUAUUGUCGUAAUGCCGGUGGUGAAGAACCGUUACCAUGGUGUUAUACGAAUGAUCCCUACGUUCGAUGGCAACAUUGUGACAUUGCUCCGUGUGAACCGAAAAACGACCACGAUAAUAAUUACGAAUCGAGCAUCAGAAUCCUUCAUGGCAACAAUAACCGAACCAUCAUCAUGUCAUUUCGAUCGUAUAGUUAUGUGAUGAUGAAUUUGAUUCGCAAACCGUUGAGCAGUGUGUUGCAUGCUCAACAUCCAUUGCUCUUGCCAUUGAGCAUCGGAUUGGUCAUCAUGUUCAUAGCGAUUGUUACGUCCAUCAUCACGAUGAUGGUGCGUCGAAUUCGAUAUCAGAUGAAUCUGUAUGCAAGCACUAUGACGACGACAGCGAUGCAAGUGAAUGGCGGCGGCGGUCUGCCCACCGAUUUGGAUCUAUCGAAACUGCCAUCCAACAAUACCUAUCAUUGUACAUCGGCCAUACUGAAUCCUAAACUCGAACCGCUGGAAUAUCCUCGAAACAAAAUCAUCUAUGUCCGCGAUAUCGGUUGUGGAGCUUUUGGCCGUGUAUUUUUAGCAAAAGCACCUGGCUUGUUGAAACAUGAUGAUGAUGAUGAUAAUGAUAAUAAUGAUGAUAAUGACGAGCAACCAAAGCAAGAAUCUACCACUUUGGUUGCGGUAAAAGUAUUGCGUCAAGAAGCCAGUAUCGAUAUGCAAUCGGAUUUCGAACGCGAAGCGAUACUCAUGUCUGAAUUUGACCAUCCGAAUGUCGUUCGAUUAUUGGGCGUUUGUGCACUUGGCAAGCCAAUGUGUCUGCUCGUCGAAUACAUGGCAUAUGGUGAUCUGGCUUCGUUUUUGCGAUCAUUGGGCCCAGCAAACUAUGUGAUUCGUCACCCGAACCAGGAAGCGUUUGUUGAUUUUCCCAAAAAAAUGACCACCGAAGAAUUGGUCAAGGUGGCUAGACAGAUUGCUGCCGGCAUGGUUUAUCUGUCCAGCAAACAUUUCGUGCACAGAGAUUUGGCCACCAGAAAUUGUCUGGUGGAUGAUAAACUCGUGGUGAAAAUUUCCGAUUUCGGCCUUUCACAGCGUAUGAUAAAGUCGGCCAAUUAUUAUCGAGCGGACAUUGCCAACGAUGCUCUCCCAAUACGAUGGAUGCCGUUGGAGGCGAUACUGUAUGGCCGAUUCACGACCACCAGCGAUGUGUGGUCUUUCGGCGUGUUGCUGUGGGAGAUUUUCUCCUAUGCAUUGCAACCAUACUAUGGCCUUACACAUGAACAAGUGAUUUGUUAUCUGAACGAGGGCAAUUCAUUGACACAACCGGAAUGCUGUCCCGACGAAAUAUACGGCCUGAUGAAAACCUGUUGGCAACGAGAACCAUCGGCCAGACCUUCAUUCGAAGCAUUGGAACGCUCGUUGAAAGAUUUCUGUCAGUCAUUUGCUGAAACAUGUUGAACAAAAAAAAAAUAAAGUCUUCCUGAAGUCGAAAUUUAGCUCAAUGAGUUGA